AUGGUGCCCCGGCUAGACGUCAGAGCAUUGGACCAGAUCGUACUCAAACCACCGAAGGAUCGAACCCUGCGAUUCAGAGAAGAUGGAACAUUUCACAUUGGAGUCUUUGAGGAUUUGCAUUUCGCCGAGGACGACGAAAAAGAUGAAAAGUCGAAAGAAGUAAUGUCAAACAUCCUCUCGAAGGAGGACAUCGACUUCAUAGUCAUCAAUGGCGACCUAGUGUCCGGCGAAAGAACCAAAAAAGCUGAUUCAAGCAAAUAUAUUCACUCGGUCGUUUCCCCACUCGUCGAGCAGGGGUACAGCUGGGCAUCAACCUACGGCAACCACGACAGCGAAGUUAAUCUCAAUCCCAAAGAUGACAUGUUCAAGGCCGAGCAGAAAUACCCCAACAGCUUAACGCAGAGUAGGAUCUCCGGCGACAAGGCUGGAAUAACGAAUUAUUAUCUACCCGUAUUCUCACAUGGACAGAAAAAUACCAGCACUCCGGUGCUACUACUGUGGUUUUUCGAUUCGAAGGGUGGACAUUAUUAUAAAAAGGAAGGAGAGGAUGGGCCUGCUGUUAAGAGACCCAGUUGGAUUCAUGAAUCGGUCGUUGAGUGGUUCACCAAAACCAAUUCCAACCUGAAAAAGGAGUAUGGAAAAGUCAUCCCAUCACUAGCAUUCUACCACAUCCCCGCCCACGCAAUGCUCGAACACCAACAAACAAGAGGCAUAAACCCGCGCCUGACGCCCGGCGUGAAUCGCGAGUCCGUUCACCCGCAAGGAACCGGCGAGUGGCGCUAUGACGGCCAAGACGUGAAGUUCAUGGAUGCGCUUCUCCACACUGAAGGCUUAAUCGCGGGAUUUAGCGGCCACGAUCACCAAAAUGACUGGUGCUUUAAAUGGGACGGCUCUCUGGUGGAUCAUGGUCUAACCGGGAAUGGUAUAAAUAUGUGCUACGGUCGGCAUACGGGGUAUGGCGGCUAUGGCAAUCUAGUUCGCGGUGGACGGCAGAUCUUACUCCACGAGGGCAAUCUCGCAGAUGACACUGAAACGUGGAUUCGAUUGGAGGAUGGAUCGGCCCAAGCUCGUGUCACGUUAAACACAACUUACGGCCAAAAUCCUUACCUUGCUGUUAUCAAUGGUGCUGGAAAGCUUGAUUCCUUCAUGCAGGGCUCUUUGCUUUCUUACUCUUGGUUGUGGGUUCCGAUUAUGAUACUCUCGCGGUGGAGAAUGUGA